AUGGUGAAGGCAGUUGCAGUUCUCCACAGCAGUGAGGGUGUUGCUGGCACCAUCACCUUCACCCAAGAAGCAAAUGGUAAAACAAAUGUGACUGCUAAGAUCUCGGGCCUUAAGCCCGGACUUCAUGGCUUUCACGUGCAUGCCCUUGGUGACACGACCAAUGGUUGUCUAUCAACUGGACCUCAUUUCAAUCCUGCUAAUGUCGAGCAUGGUGCUCCAGAAGAUGAGAUUCGCCAUGCUGGGGACCUUGGGAAUAUCCAUGCUGGACAUGAUGGCGUAGCUGAUGUCAAGAUUGCCGAUUCACAGAUACCACUUACGGGGCCGAAUUCUAUCAUUGGGAGGGCUGUAGUUGUUCAUGCUGACCCUGAUGAUCUUGGAAAGGGUGGACAUGAGCUGAGCAAAAGCACUGGAAAUGCUGGUGGAAGAAUUGCUUGUGGAAUCAUUGGCCUUUCUGCUUGA